ACAGACCUAUAUUCUGUUCUUUUCAGCUUCACCGCUGAACUAGCGCAAUAAGUUAGAGUGAGAAAAGAUAUACUUGUCUCACUUUAACUUAUUGCACCAGUUCAGCAGUGCAGCUGAAAAGAACAGACCAUUAUUGUCGUUCGUCAUCAGGUGUGUGGAAAUUUGUAUUAUCAACACCGGGCAGUGGAAGAAGCAGUUUGAGGAUACCGAACGUCGUUUAUCAAGUGAACUCGGUUGAAAUCAAAUUUGUCGAUUAUCGUUUUGUGAGUAGAGUAGAUAAGUUAAAACAACGAGUGAGGAAGUCACUCAACAAAUAGUUUAAUCGACUUGACAAGCACGGUAUAAUCACUUCACGACAGGAAGGUUUUGCUUUUUUUUUUAUGAAGGAUAUUAACAUUCACACGAAUUCAGAAUAAACAAGACCAAUGGAUAAGCCAGUCUCAUCUGACAUAGUUAUCAUCGCAGGCAAUUCUCACCCAGAACUUGCUAACCUCAUCGCAAAUCGUCUUGGUGUAAAACAUGGUGGUUGUGCCGUCUAUCACAAGUCAAAUCGUGAGACAAUGGUAGAAAUAGGAGAUUCCGUGCGUGGCAAAGACCUGUAUAUAAUCCAAACUGGCACAAAGGAUGUGAAUAAUAACAUAAUGGAACUUCUCAUAAUGGCCUAUGCCUGUAAAACAUCGUCAGCUAAAAACAUCGUCGGAGUGAUUCCAUACUUACCUUACUCCAAGCAAUGCAAGAUGCGCAAACGCGGUUGCAUAGUAUCCAAGCUUUUAGCGAAGAUGUUAUGCAAAAGCGGUCUAACGCAUAUAAUCACUAUGGAUCUACAUCAGAAAGAAAUUCAAGGAUUCUUCGAUGUUCCCGUAGACAAUCUGAGAGCUAGCCCGUUUCUCUUGCAGUAUAUUCAAGAAUCCAUUCCUGACUAUCAUAAUUCUGUGAUCGUUGCAAGAAACCCGGGUAGCGCAAAGAAAGCAACUAGCUAUGCCGAGAGAUUGCGUUUGGGAAUUGCAGUGAUUCAUGGAGAACAGAGGGAGGCUGAAUCGGACAUGAACGACGGUCGCUACUCACCGCCCGCGUUAGCAUUAGCUUCACGUACUAUGGAAGUCGGUGUGGGUGUGCCAAUGCAUCCGGCCAAGGAGAAACCACCUAUAAAUGUCGUUGGGGAUGUCGGAGGACGUAUCGCUAUUAUGGUGGAUGACAUGAUAGAUGAUGUACAAUCGUAUGUAGCGGCUGCCGAAGUACUUAAGGAGAGAGGAGCUUGUAAAAUAUAUGUCUUGGCUACACACGGUUUGCUUAGCUCAGAUGCUCCUAGACUUAUCGAAGAGUCGCCGAUCGACGAGGUGGUUGUAACCAAUACAGUUCCUCAUGACGUGCAGAAAAUGCAGUGCCCGAAAAUCAAGACUGUCGAUAUCAGUAUUCUCUUAGCGGAGGCAAUCCGGCGUAUACACAACAAAGAGUCGAUGUCCUAUCUAUUUAAGAAUGUAACGUUGGAGGAUUAGGAGGUAGAAAAUUGCAUGAGAGAUCAUGGUUUAAUCAUAAAUAAACAAAAGUUGAAAGUUAAACAGGAUUCAAUGCUGGGGACCAUGUCCAAAGUACAUAUCCGUCUCUUGAUUCUCUAUACUAUUUUUAUAUUUCCCUGACUGUGUUUUUGACACGUGACAAAAGAAUGUACACACUAGUCCAUUGCGUUUGUGAAUGGUAAUCAAUGAUGAUAAUUGGCCAUACGUCCCUCUAUCAUUUUUUUUCUUACAUAUACGGAUAGAGAAAAAUCGCGCGUGAACACGUACGCAAAGUGUAGUCCCUGCAUACAAUAAGCAUUGUAAAGUCUUAGAAUUCACGUGUAUUUUGCGCUUACCAGUCUAUCUAGUGCUAGUUUUACCGAUUCUAUGAUUUUAAGAGAAGCUUUCUUGUAUUUUAUUUAAAUCAUAAGAUGUAAUAAAUAUAUAUUUCAACAUACAUA